AUGCCACCGCUGUGCCGGCGUCCGGGCCGCCGCGUCCUUCUUCUCCUACUGGCCAUGCUGCUGCCCUCGUCACCCCCGGCCCGCGCCCCCGCGCCCCCGGGCCCCGCCGCAGCCCUACUCCAGGCUCUCGGGUUUCCCGACGUGCCCCGGGGCGCCCCCAAGUCCCGGCCUGUACCCCCUGUCAUGUGGCGCCUGUUCCGCCGCCGGGACCACCAGGAGGCCAGGGCGGGCCCUCGGAGGACGCCCCUGGGGACUACCCUGCGGCCGUGCCACGUGGAGGAGCUGGGGGUCGCCGGAAACAUCGUGCGCCACGUUCCGGACCGCGGCGCGGCCGCCCGGCCCCCGGAGCCCGCCUCAGCUGCGGGACAGUGCCCUGAGUGGACCGUCGUCUUCGACCUGUCGGCCGUGGAGCCAGCCGAGCGCCCGAGCCAGGCCCGCCUGGAGCUGCGCUUCGCGGCUGCAGAGGCGACAGCUGGGACGGCGGGCGGCUGGGAGCUGAGCGUGGCGCCGGCGGGCGCGGGCCCCGGGCAGGUGGUGCUCCGCCAGGCGGUGCCCGCCCUGGGAAUGCCGGUGCGCGCCGAGCUGCUGGGCGCCGCCUGGGCCCGCAACACCUCGGCGCCGCGCAGCCUCCGCCUGACGCUGGCGCUGCGUCCCCGGGCUCCCGCCGCCUGCGCGAGCCUGGCCGAGGCCUCGCUGCUGCUGGUGACCCUCGACCCACGCCUGUGCCACCCCCUGGCCCGGCCGCGGCGCGAGGCCGAGCCCGCAGGGGGCGGCGGCCCCGGGGGCGCGUGUCGCGCGCGGCGACUCUACGUGAGCUUCCGCGAGGUGGGCUGGCACCGCUGGGUCAUCGCGCCACGCGGCUUCCUGGCCAACUACUGCCAGGGCAAGUGCGGGCUGCCCGCCGCGCUGUCCGAACCCGGCGGGACGCCCGCGCUCAACCACGCGGUGCUGCGCGCGCUCAUGCACGCGGCCGCCCCUAGCGCCGCCGCCGGCCUGCCCUGCUGCGUGCCCGCGCGCCUGUCGCCCAUCUCCGUGCUCUUCUUCGACAACAGCGACAACGUGGUACUGCGGCACUACGAAGACAUGGUGGUGGAUGAGUGCGGCUGCCGCUGA